AUUGUACAGUAGAGCUGACUUUUGAGUUGUGGAUCUUUUAGAGGGUGUGGUGCAUGACAAUCAUGGAUUUGGGUGGUGCCAACUGUAUUGGCCUUCCAACCACUUCCUCUUCUCUGUCAUACCAUUUUCGCCCGAAGUUUCAGUUCGUCUUCAACUAUAGAUCUUUAAAGACAUCUCGGAAGUUCUUGCCUUCUCAUCGAGCAAUGGGUUCCUCUCCUUCUUCCCCUAGAGCAGAUCAUGUUCAAGAAGGUGAUAAGAAUCAUGUAUCGAUAAGUGAAGAAGAGUGGAGGAAGCGUCUUACACCAGAACGAUUUUACAUCACUCGACAGAAGGGAACUGAGAGAGCUUUCACUGGGCAGUAUUGGAAAACUAAAACGCAAGGAACUUACCACUGCAUUUGUUGUGACACACCUCUGUUUGAAUCAUCAACAAAAUUUGAGAGUGGAACCGGUUGGCCGUCUUACUACCAACCCAUUGGAAACAAUGUGAAGUCAAAGUUAGACAUGUCAAUAAUUUUCAUGCCUCGACAGGAAGUUCUUUGUGCAGUUUGUGGGGCUCAUCUUGGUCAUGUCUUUGAUGACGGUCCACCUCCCACAGGGAAGCGGUAUUGUAUUAACAGUGCUUCGUUAAAACUGAAACCAAACUAGGGAAAAAUUUGACCGAGAGAGAGAGCAAGAACAAGGGAUGUGGUAUCCAAGUUCAUGUACCGCCAGUAUCAAGUCUUCUGCUAAGAUUCCUUUUCAGUUUCCUACCCUGGGACAGUAUGUGUAUAUCUAUACAAUCCUUACUUCUCUCUGUGGUUCUCUUGCUUGUUUGCUGUAGAAUUCUGUAACUGCUUACUUAGUGUGGUUGUGAUAUUCUCGGAUAUAAA